AUGGGUGACAGGCUUUCUAAAGAAAAACAUCUUCACACAUUUUGGCACCCCGAGAGCUAUAAUCAGUUAUGGUGGAACCAUUUUUGCAAUAGAGCGUUCGCACGGCUGUUGGAAAACUACGGAGUUCGCCAUAAAGUGACCACACCUUAUCACCCACAGUCGAGCGGGCAAGUCGAAGUGUCAAACCGGGAAAUCAAAAGUGUCAUAACCAAGACAGUGAAUGCGACAAGGACUGAUUGGGCAAAGAAGCCGGAUGAUGCAUUAUGGGCGUACCGCACAGCAUUUAAAACUCCAAUUGGUAUGUCACCAUACAAGUUGGUGUCUGGAAAAGCAUGCCACCUUCCGGUGGAGCUUGAGCAUAAUGCCUUUUGGGCAAUGCGGUAG